AUGUUACCGAGUCCCCGCGAUACACCCUCCGCGGUGCCAUCCGAACCAGCUUUAACCGCAACUCCAGCCGAUAGCCAGACCCCUCUUAACGCACCUACUCCAAUUGCAGUCGAUAAUUUCACCGAUGAUACCAACAGCGAAUUCGAUGAUGACCUGAGUGAUCUCACUUCCCUGUCCUCAACUGUGCUCGAGUUCGAAUACGAAAAUGGCCGACGGUACUGCAGUUCUGACUCAGGAAAUUAUAUGAUGCCAAAUGACGAGGAGGAGCAAGAUCGAAUGGACCUGACUCAUCAUAUAUGGCUGAUGCUCUUAGGAGGGGAGCUCUACAAUGCUCCUAUCACAUCAUCACCACAGAACAUUCUUGACCUGGGAACUGGAACAGGUAUUUGGGCCUUGGAUAUUGCCGAGAAAUUUCCGAGCGCCCGCGUCAUUGGAAAUGAUAUCAGUCCCAUUCAGCCCAGUUGGGUGGCCCCGAAUAUCGAGUUCAUCAUGGAAGAUUUCGAAACCCAAUGGCCGUAUAAACUGAACCACUUUGACUUCAUCCAUGCACGAUGUCUGGCAGGAUGCGUGACCAACUGGCCCAGGUUUAUAAAACAAAUUUUCAACCAUGUCAAACCCGGCGGAUACUUUGAAUCCCACGAGAGUGCUGUGUGGGCCCGUAGUGAUGAUGGCUCUCUCGCACAAGGCUCCGCGCUUAUGGAAUGGCAGCAGGCCGUCAACUUUGCCGGGGAAAAGAGUGGAAGAGAGUUGAAUAUUUACCACAAGCUGAAAGAUUGGAUGAUUGCAGCCGGAUUUGAGGAUGUCACCUUGACGGUUUACGCGCUACCGUUCUCACCCUGGCCUCGUGAUCCGCAUUUGAAAGCAAUUGGCAAGUACCAGGCAGUGCAGCUACAGCAAGCUAUCGACUCCUACUCUCUGCGCUUGUAUACGCAGGUCCUGGGCUGGAGCCCUGAUGCUGCCCAGAUCCAUAACGCUGUCGUCAAACGGGAGCUGCGGGAUAAGAGACUGCACGCUUAUGUUCAAACAGUUGCUGUCUAUGGGAGAAAGCCUAAUCGCGCCUACUACUAG